GCAUCGACUUCCCUACACAAACAAAAUCCCUUUCCUCGCAUCAGUUUGAUUCAAAAUCUCCACUAGUAGGCUUCAAGAAACUUUUUUUUUUUUUGUCUCUUUAAGUUAUUACAAGUUCUCAUUCAACACCUCGAUUCUCAUUCCAAUUUUUGUUCUAUCCGCCGGAUCUCCAAACCCUAGUUCCCAUGUCGACCAGGAAGAAGCAAUCGGAGGGCAUUGCUAUGCUCUCCAUGUACAACGACGAGGACGAGGAUGAUGAGAUGGAGGACGUCGAGGAAGAUGGAAGCCAUCAAGAACAGCGACGAGAAUCGCUUCAAGACGACGAUUAUAAAGACCCUAGAGAUGUUGCAGAAGAUGCUUUCAUGGUGGACAAUGAUAGAAUGGUGGUUGGUGAUUCCGGUAACGAUGAUAAUACGCCGCAAGAUGUUAACGAUGAGAAUUUUACUCCUAGUAAAGCUCAGUUUCGUCCAUCCACGCCACAGCAAGCUCAAGUUUCGUUUGCCUCGCCGCAGCCACCGCAUCAGCACCAGCCACAUAGUAGAAGGGGGAAGCUUGCGAUUGUUGAUUACGGUCAUGAUGAAGUUGCGAUGUCUCCUGAAGCUGAGGAGGGGGAAAUAGAAGUAAGUGAUCGUGUUAUGUUUGGUACAAGUAUACAAUCUGCAAAUGGUGAUUUCCAUGAUAGAACACCUUCUGGAACAGUUCAGGUUCUAACACCUAGCAAUCAAGCAACUCCUCAAUUAUCUGAUCCAUCACAAUCUGAUAAAAUGAAUUAUGCAGCGCAUGAUAUAGAAGUUGGAGGUACCACAGACUCUACGGUAGAAGAACAAAAAGAGGUUGAUCCAUUAGAUAAGUUCCUUCCACCACCACCAAAAGAAAAAUGCUCAGAGGAGUUGCAGAGGAAAAUAAAUAAGUUUCUUGAUUAUAAGAAAGCUGGGAAAAGCUUCAAUGCAGAAGUGCGCAAUAGGAAGGACUAUCGGAAUCCAGACUUCCUGCUGCAUGCAGUGAGGUAUCAAGAUAUUGACCAGAUAGGAUCUUGCUUCAGUAAAGAUGUGUUCGACCCUCAUGGAUAUGAAAAAAGUGACUACUACGACGAGAUAGAGGCUGAUAUAAGGCGUGAGAUGGAUAGGAAGGAACAAGAACGGAAAAAAAAUCAAAAGGUUGAAUUUCUUUCAGGAGGCACUCAACCUGGAAUUAUUUCUGGUGCAGCCAAAAUUAACUUGCCUGUUCCAGGUGUUCCGCCUGUUGCUGGUUCUGGGCUGUAUUCUGCAUUGCCAUCUGCUGAUGCCAUUCCCCGGGAUGGUAGACAGAACAAGAAGUCAAAGUGGGAUAAGGUGGAUGGUGACAGAAGAAAUCCUCUCCCUUCAGGAGGGCAGGAUUCUUUAUCCACUGUUGGAGCUCAGGCAACAAUUUUAUCAGCUGUUAAUGCGGGCACUGGAUAUAUGGCUUUCGCGCAGCAAAAACGGCGAGAAGCAGAAGAGAGAAGAUCUACUGAUAAGAAGUUAGACAGAAGAUCUUGAUUUAUCUAAAUUAAUUAAUAUUGUAUUUCUCCAAUAUUGAAUGAUACAGAUAUGCACACCCAAUUUUUGAAAUCUUAAAGUGGAUAAAGGGCAGCAGCAACCGUGCUUGUACUCUUGUUGUCAUGCAUUCUGUAUAAUGUAUAUUGUUAGAAUGAGAAAUUUACUGCCUCUCCUUGCCAUA